AUGCCUCGGGGAAAGAAGAGCAAGCACAGAAGAGUGAAACGCCAACAGGACCUGGGUGACAACACUCAGAGUCUCAAGUGUGCUGAGGCCACAGCAGAGGAGAUUGAAGUGCCCCUCUCCUCUCCUCCCAAUGAUGAUUCUCCCCCGAGCUUCCCUGCACCUGGCCCAUCCGAAGAGCCCCAGGGAGCCACAGCCACUAGCUCUCUUGAGGCAGGUGUCUCAUGCCCAAAAUCUGUUGUCAGUGCCAAGCGCCAAGGUCAGGAAUGUACCCGUUCCUCCAAGGCAGUACCUUCUGCUCUGCGGGCUCGCAGAGAUCCACUAAGCAGGGUGGUUAGCAAGGUGGUGCAGUUCGUGUUGGAGAAGCUGAGUAAGAAGGAGCCCAUCAUUCAGAACGCACUGCUGAGGAUUGUCAAAAGGAAGUACAAGGAGCAGUUCCCUGAGAUCCUCAGGAGAGUCUUUGAGCGCAUGGAUCUGGUCUUUGGCCUUGACUUCAAGGACGUCAACCCCAGCAAUCACACCUAUGCCUUUUUCAACAAGCAGGGCCUCCGGGUUGAGGGAGACCUGAGCAGUGAUGAGGUAGUGCCCAAGACCGGGUUCCUGAUGGUGCUCCUGGGCGUGAUCUUCAUGAAUGGCAACCUCGCCACUGAAGAGGAGAUCUGGAAGUGCCUCAAAGUGUACGGGGUCCACCCUGGGAAGAAGCAUCUCAUCUUUGGGGAGCCCAGGGAAUUCAUCACCAAGGAUCUGGUUGAGCAACAUUAUAUCGAGUACCGCCAGGUUCCCAACAGUAAUCCUUCACGCAACCUGUUCCUGUGGGGCCCAAGAGCCCAUGCUGAUAUUGGCAAGAUGAAAGUGCUGGACGUGCUGGCCAGGAUCUACAAUAAGCUCCCCACUGCCUUCCCAAACCUGUAUGAGGAGGCCUUGAGAGAUGAGGAAGACAAAGCAUGGUUUAGAGCCGCAGCCAUGGUUGGCUCUUUUUCCAAGCACAGGCUUUGUUCCAAGUCCAAGUUCUGCACCUGCUCCCACAACUAG